AUGGCUGAUACACAAUUCGACAGUGCCCUUGACCUCCUUCGUCGGCUCUCGCCACGAGAUACAGGACGAAAUCUCCAAUCGAUUACAAGCCUUGUUCCAGACCUAACCGAAGACCUCCUCGCCUCGGUCGAUCAACCGCUCGAGGUGCGACGAUGCGCCAAGUCCAACCGGGACUACCUCCUGUGUGAUUACAACCGAGACGGCGAUAGCUACAGAUCUCCCUGGAGCAAUGAGUUCGAUCCCCCCAUAGACGAUGGAACAGUCCCCAGCGAGCGAGUGCGGAAGCUGGAGGUUGCGGCCAACGAGGCUUUCGAUGUAUACCGCGAAUUGUACUACGAAGGCGGUGUUGGGAGCGUCUAUUUCUGGGACUUGGAUGAUGGAUUUGCCGGUGUUGUGUUGCUGAAAAAAGGUGUGACCCCUGGUGGGAAGAGCUCUGGAGCAUGGGACAGCAUCCAUGUUUUUGAGGCGACGGACCGUGCUCGCAUGACACACUACAAAUUGACUAGCACUGUGAUCCUACAUCUCGCCAAUGAAACCGAUGCUCUGGGACAAAUGAAUCUCAGUGGGAAUAUGACACGGCAAAUGGAGGCGGAUCUUCCUUUUGAAUCUGAUGCUAGCCACGUGGCAAACGUUGGCAGACUCGUUGAAGACAUGGAAUUAAAGAUGAGGAAUCUGCUUCAGGAGGUCUACUUCGGAAAAGCAAAGGAUGUUGUUGGUGAUCUUCGAAGCAUCGCUCCUUUAUCUGAGACAAACCAAGAGAGAGCCGCUCAUCGGGAAAUGAUCAGUUCUAUGAGCAGGAGAUGA